UUCAGAGUAAAGCCGAGCGCGUGAGGUCACGUCCACAGUGACAGCGUUUCAAUCCUCUCGCGUUCCUCGAUAUCCAGAAAGUUUAUAUAUAUAUUUUUUUCAUAGCGAAAUUUUACAGACUUUUGGUAAGAAGACAUUAUCGAAGAAGACAGAAUAUCCGUAGAAGGGAUAAAUUCUUUUUUUUUUUAAGUCACGUCGUCUUUGCCAUUGAAGCCAACAUUUUGGUGUUCUCUUUGUUAGGUUCUUAUUCUGAAUAAUUUGCUUUGUUAUCAAUUAAUGCAAUUGUGAUUCUAAUUCUGUUCACAAAGGAAAAAAAAUAAAAGAAAAAAAGUUUUACGAACGGCAACACUUUGUGAUAAGCAACAAACAAGAAAUAUAAAUAUUCUGAGAAGAUCUUAAAGGAAAGCAACACAAUGCCUAAACUUCUACCUUUGAAGCAGUCUGUUAGUGACCGUGUUGUUAGCCGCUUCCCAGUGAAACUUUGGCGGAUCACUAAUCAUUGCCAGACUGGUGCUAUUUCAUGGGGAGCUGAUGGCUGUUCUAUUCGCAUCAACAAGACUGAUUUUGAAAGUCAGUAUUUGGCUACAUCUUUAAAACCAUCAUCACAGGGCUCAACAGCAGUUUCAACAGAGAACAUACCCCAGAAAUCACCAUUUCUUUUGGUGCCAAUGGCCUCUAAUGAAUCAGUAUAUUUCUGGUCUUUUAAAACCAAAAACUUUAGAAGCUUUAUUCGUCAACUGAAUAUGUAUGGUUUCCGCAAAAUGUCACGGAUAUUAGCCAGUCGGAAAACAGAAAAUAAAAAAGCUAUAUACCGAGGUGGUUAUGAUUCAGCAGUUGAACCUUGCAAAUAUACACCAGAGAAGGUAAAUUCCCAAGGACAAGAUAGCAAUGUCUCAUCUAAUCUUGUCAGCUAUGAUAAGAUGGACUAUUAUGAUCAUGUACUGAACUCUGGUCAAGAGGAAGCUACUGACAAAAGACAUUUGACUUAUGAGUAUUACCAUCCUUUAUUUCAAAGAGAUCACCCAGAACUUCUUUACCAAAUCCAAAGACCCAGGACUAAGAAAUCAAAAAAUGAUACUAGUGGACGUUUGGACACUGAAAACUUAUGUGCUUUAGCUAAAUGUGUUAUUGAGGACAGCUUACUUUCAGGUCAUCCAUGGGAGAUACCAAGCCGGAAGCCUUUGUGGCUAGAAAACAACUAUAAACAGUCAAAAAACAAUGAAUCUGUAAAUCAACAGCUGCAGAGUAAGAUUAAUUUACCAAAAGGUUCUCCAUUUAACUACUUGAUCAAUCAGAAUUUACCUAAAUUGACAUGUGAUGGGCUAAGACAGAAUUCUGCAAAUCAGUCAUUAUCCUCAAAUAACACGGGUUAUUUUCCCAGUGAAGCUGAACCAGGAAUGGAGCUUUCUCUGAAGAUCCCGAGGUUUAGUGAACCUGGUAUUCAAACUCAUCCUGAUUAUAGUAACUGCAUUCAGUUUUGUAUGUCACAGGCAGACAGUAAGAAAUGCAGAUCUGAUAAAGAACCAGUGUUUGAAAAUACUUUGAACAAUAAUGACUCUGGAACUGGAUUUAACAAAGAAAUACAUACACACUUUGCUGCUGCUUACAAAGAUUUCUCAAUUCCAGAGAAGGAUAAAGAAAAUAUUCCAUCCACCAAUUCUCUUGCUGAGUAUGAACAUUCUUCAUUGACGUAUACAGAAAAUGGUGGUAAUGAUAUUGUAAAGGAGAAUAACAUCAAAGCCAACAAGAAUGUUUACUAUGGUAUCGUUAACCAGGCUAAUAUUAUGCAAGAAAACUGCUUUGUUAGUGCAGAUAAUGAAAUGCUUGUUGGUAUAAAAAGUAAGGAACUAUCAUCUAGAGAUGAUGGUCAUUUACAACAGCAACAGUCUCAGCAGGAAAGCCAUUCAUUGUCUCAUAUAGAUAUUUGUUCUGAACACCAAACAGGUAUGAAUCUCUCUUCAAAAUUUACCAAACCUCUUUUGAAUAAAGAUGUUCUGUAUGAAAGACCAACAUCUUGGCAACCCUUAGAAACAUUGACUCAGAAUUAUGGUAACCACAAUGGCAACUAUAACGGUGAAGUGCCAGUUUAUAAAAACCAGUAUAUUUUCUUUCCUCAGUAUUAUAACAAUAAUAUCAAAUAGCAGAUAUUUGUUCAUUGUUCAUUAUUGUUGUUGUUAUAUUGUUGUGUUUACUUUUAAAGUUACUUAAGUUAUUGUUUAUUAUUAUGAGUGGUAGAUAGCAGAAUUGGUUGAGUGGUGAACAAAAUGGCUUGAAGUAUUUAGUUACGACUCUCUGCAUUCUGAGUUCAAAUCCCCACCAAGGCUGACUUUGCCAUUCAUCCUUCUGAAGUUGAUAAAAUAAUUACCAGUAAAACACUGGGGUUGAUAUAAUUAACUAUCCUUUUCUAUCAAAUUUGUGGCCUUGUACCUAGGUGAAAAUCAUUAUUACUAAGAUAUAUCACAUUCAUUGUACAGGUUUAUUUGUUGCUAAUAAAAUACAUUCCACUGAU